AUCGCCCUACUAAGAUGACUUAUUUGUUCACAAUGAGACUGAUGAUGUUAUGUGUAGUGUCUCUUUGUCUCUAUGGUGAAUUAUCCGCUUCUCGGCAUACUAAGAACUUUGAAGUAGCUGACAAUGUUACGGUUACACUUUGCCGAGACCUCCAUCUUUGCCAGAACAUUGGAUGUGGAACUAGUUGGAUUAAGAACAGCGUAUGUCAAUGCGACUGGGCAUGCGAGUUUUUCGACGACUGUUGCCUGGAUAUUGCUUCGGUAUGUUCUAUAGAUAGUUCUGAUGUAUUGGACUCUCUAAAGAAACCACAGUUUGAGUGCAUCUCUGUAACACGUGACUUAUGGAUGGUGAGCCAUUGUCCAUAUGCUGCUGAAGUCUCGCCAACUUACGCGCAGACUCACGAGAACUGUGAGUCCACAGAUAACACCAACCCGCUGACUUUGAUACCGGUAACUGAUGCAAGUGGUAUCACAUUCAGAAACAUCUAUUGCGCCCUCUGUCAUGGCCGCUCUACAAGCAACCUCGUUCCCUGGGAACUGAAAGCAACCUGCCCGAAGCCUAUUCACCAGAAUACCUCGUACGCAGUAUUCCUCAGGAAGGUUUGGAAUGAAUGCGAUCACUAUUUGGAGCUGCCAGCAGUGGAUGUUAGCGGUCCUGCAACACGAAGACCAUGUAUCCCUUCUCUAAUUACAACCUGUCAACAACAUCAUCCUCAUUCCCAGAGCCUCCUAUCUUCAUGUCAGAACUUCACGGCUGUUGUUAAGUUCCGUGAUGAUGGAUCACUGUACAGAAAUCCAGCAUGCUUUGCCGCGUGUAAAGGUUCAUCACACAACUACUCCCUAGAAUGUCCAACAUCGGCUUCUCAAUUGAGUAGUGACCAGAUAUUCCCUACGUUUAUACAAAUAGUACCUAAAACUUCUGAUGAUUUAAUACCGGUUAGUGCUUUUUUUCCUCGUUUCACUCAUUUCAGUGUCUCACUGUCUGUCAUACUCAACUUCAACCCAACCGACGGGAGCCCAGAUCAAUGUUCAGAGGGUGACUUUUUCGACCCCUUCAGCCAAACCUGCCUUAGUCCACAGUGUGAGGAGGGGCUUGAGUAUGUAGCAACUGAGCAGCGAUGUGAACCUCUCAAUAAUCAGCCUCAGUCAAAGCCGGCUAAUGAUAACUCGUUCCUUUGCAUAGGUGACAGUCACCAAGGCCCUGGUAUCCUCUUAAUGAUCACGACUUCAUCGGAGACUACAAACCUGACUAGUAACUCACCCAACACAGAAACAGGAUACGAGAACAAGAAACGAUGCAUUCGUGACCUUCUGGGUGUAAACUUGACCUCUGUUCAGGAAGAUGAUGAUCCUUACUCGGGCAACUCAAGUCAAUUUGCUUUCAAGAUUUUGGUUAAACUACAAACAAAUAACACUGAGAUUGACACCAGCAUCUCACGACGGCAGGCAAUUGGUUAUCUUGUCGAAGACAUCGAGACUAAACUUGAGUCAGUAGAGACAGACGAGUCUCAAUGUGGACUUCAAAGUCUACAACUCGUCCAGUACUGUAAUGGGAAAGAGGGGACUCCUUAUGGAGUCACACUGUGCUCUAGCUCUCACGCGGACUGGCUUCCUCUGGAAAAUGAAACACAAGUCAGAGUGAACAACCAGACGGUAUGGGCAUUCGAUGCUAGUCACAAUGCGUGGUACAAACUACAGGAAUACAAUCUACGUAUCCAGUACAGCAAACAUGGAUCUGUCUUCACGAAACUGAGACUUGAGAUCGGUCUAUGUAGCAGGGCUCCUAAUAACUCAUGCCCAGCCUUCAUCAAGCUGAAUGAAUCACAAUUCUCGCUGGUUGAUGAAGAUACAGAAGACUUUGAGAAUUAUGCAAACGGCAGCUUGAUCUUUCUUCAAACAGAGGAGAUUCUUGGACCUGAUGAGUUCACAAGAACCGAAGACGGGCAAAUAAGUAUCUGCGCCUCUAAACUACCUCAGAACGGAACUCGUUUUUUUAACUUUAACAACGCUCAAAACAUUCUCAGUACGGUUGGUUUCAUCAUUUCAGUUGCUGCUGGAAGCGUCUCGCUCGUCACUUAUCUCGUUUUUCCAAGUCUUCAUGGCCGAACCAGGAAAGCAAUCAUGGGGAUGGUGACGUCACUCAUUGCCGCCCAAACUCUUUUACUCCUCGGUGGUGUUGCAGCAGCGAAUGGCAAAGCUUGUAUGGCCGUUGCAGUGACUGGACAUUUCCUAUGGCUGGCGAGUCUUACUUGGACCAACGUGCUUGCCUUCUUGUUAUGGCAUACCUUCGCUACCAAGAACCCAUCCCCUUCAAGUAGCAAGAUUGCUGUUACUAGCAAGAUCAACAUCUUAAGCUGUUCAUAUGCUCUUGGUAUUCCAUUGGCUAUAGUGAUAGUUUGUUUGAUCAUUCACUUCUGCUCUUGCACCGAUAUUGCAGUGGUGUAUAACAACGAUGCGCACUGUUGGAUUCAGUCUGGGCCAAUCAAUCUGGUCGUAUUUGGAGCUCCUAUGGCGCUGUUUCUUGUCAUCAACAUCAUUCUCUUUACACGGACCGUCUGGGCAAUCCGUUCAUCACAUCGUAGAUCAGCAGCACAGUUUAAUCAAGGUCGUGAUACGUCAUUUCUGAAACGGAGAAGCAAAGAGCUCUUCAUUUACGUCAGGAUGGCCAGUCUGAUGGGAUUCACUUGGGUGUUUGGUUUUUCUGCGGCCUUCUCAGGAGCAGAGGCUCUUUGGUAUCUCUUCAUCAUCCUUAACUCACUCCAAGGAUUCUUCAUCUUCCUCUCCUUCACUUUCAAUUAUCAAGUAAAGGAGCUUUGGAAGAAGAAGUUAAUACCGAUCCGGGACUCAAUGAUUAAUAAGACAAGCGUCUUGGCAAGCAGAGGUAUGAACAGAACCACAACCUCUACCAUCAGUGCAGGGAUCGCUCUCAGUGAUGUCUCAAGCUCUAAUGAUUACCAGAGUACUUCGACGUCGAACAACAACAACUAUGAAACAUCUUCCGAGACGUCUUCAAGAUUCAAGAUGGCCCUUAGACGCCUCAAAGAGAAGUAUACUCAGCCCUCUGAGCAAGACACAGACAAGAGACAAACAAAACCUCCAAUACCAGUUAAGGAAGAUGUCCAAGGCUCCUUACCAUUUUCUCCCGCCUUUCGUGCAUCAUCGGAAUAUGAAGAGGUGAUACCUGGAAGAUGUCUCAAAAAAAGAGAUGACAAGACAAGAUUUUGGCAUAAAUUAAGUCUUCAUCCUCCAAAACCUACCACUCCGUCUUUGAAAACAGCUGAAAAUGUAAGGACGGCCAACGACGGUCCUACAGGUUCCUUAGCUGGUCCUUCCCGAUACCGUGCAUCCUCAGCAUAUGAAGAAGUGAUACCCGGAAGAUGUCUUCGAGCAGACCACACACAAGACGGUCCUACGUCUUCAAAGUCAACUGAAGAUGCAUCAAAAAGCAAAAGUGAAGUCCAUCCCCAUGGUACAGGAACAGAAAUACAACUUCCCAAGAUCCCACUUCUGCCAUUCAAAAUUCCCAGGCACUCAAAGACGUCUGUUUCACAGAACAAUAACCAUUGUGUUCAUCCUGUUAAGAAUGUCGAUGAAGAUGCAACAAUCCCAGUAAAACAGUUACCAUCUCGACGUCCAAUACAUAGCUUAGAGAAAGAGCCCGAAACAGAAGCGAACUGCAAAGUUCGUUUAGAUAAGCCGCCUAUUACCCCUCAUAGUAAUCUGCAAUGUAAGACAGGAAAUGCCCAGACCAAGGAAAGAUCUUACCUCAAUCCAAUCAAUCAUGCAAAGUCCUCUUGUACAAAUCCUCUACCCCUUUUGACACCAAAGCCCUCUCUGAACCCAAAGCCCCCUCUGAACCCAAAGCCCUCUCUGACCCCAAAGCCCCCUUUGAUGACCCCGAAGCCACAACUGCAAGAAUCUACCAAUGGAGAUCAUUCUAAGCUAGAAGUCACAAUGAACGCGUCUCGCUACAAGGUGCCUGUUCUUCCUCUAUUUAGCUCUUUUCCAAAGAGGGAUGACUCUGCCAGCACACCCACUGGUAACCCAAACCUUGUCGAGACUCCUGAUAUCAAGACGGAUACCAACAUGAACCCAACCCAGAAUACUUUGCCGUCUGUGAAACAACCUCCUCCUCCAAGACCAAAACCCAGAAAUACUCAUGAGUCACGUGACGAAUCGGGAUGGCAUGACGUCAUUGGUCAGAUCGAAGGCCAAUCAAUGCUAAAAUCGAAGUAGAUCGUUGCAUACAACCCCGCACAAAGUUUCGCACGUAUUUGAACAGUAUAAAUUAUCUUGGAACGAGUAUAAAAUAAUCAGUAAGUUUCUCUAAACUUAUGGUGUCUUUGCCUUAUUUUAUACCGCUGCCUAACGAUAAGCAAAUUUUCGUGCUCACUGUAGCAGUAAAAUUUGCUUUCACAGGUAAGCACAGGUUAGCAGAAAAAUUGGGCUGCGUUUACCAUGAAUUUGCAUUGUGACGUCAUUUAUUUUCUCGCGGUAAGCACCGGAAUGUUAGCAUACCUUUUCGUGUCCUUUACGGUUAGCAGCGCUAUGAAACGGAAAUCGCACAGUAAGCACAAAAUCGGCCGCUAAGCAGCUCUAUGAAAUUACGCCCAGGUGGUUUUAGUGGAAACCGUCCGGUGAUUUUAUAAAUUGCUCUAGUUAACAGAAAAAACACUGUAUAUCAGGCGCCUACUCGGGUGGGCAGACACUGCUCAAAAUUGCAAAGGUCGUUGGUUCGAAUCCCACCCGAUAUUCCCGUGAAUAUUAAACUCGGGAAAGUACUGAGUACACUUUGCUAUUAAAAUAAAUUUGUCGGUGUAUUUAGGUAUAACCAAACUGAGUAAUCAUUUAAAUGUUGUUAUUCCAUGUACUCCACGCGCCUGCACCAUUGAUAUCCCGAUAAUGUAGUUUGUGUGCAGUACUGAACGGGGCCCAAUUUCAUGGCUCUGCUUACCGUAAGCACAGAAUCGGCGCUUACGGAAGCAGGGAAUUCUGUGCUUA